UUCUUGUUACCCCACACCCAUCAUCAAUGACUUGCCCAAUUUGAAUUCUGCACAAAAUAACACUAAAAACAGUAACCCAUCUCGCUAUUUUUUGUUUUCGUCUUCUUCACCUUUGUAAAAAGUUUGAAUCUUUUUUUGUUUCUUGAUCUACUGUCACUAAGUGAAGUGUGAGCAAAAAGAGUUCAAGGGAUAGACCGUUUGGAGAGGUAACCAUGGGUAGAUGUCUCAGUCCGAUACUGCGUCGGGAAUUGGCGAAUCUUGACAAAGAUUCUGAUAGUCGUAAGUCAGCAAUGAAGGCACUGAAAUCGUAUGUGAAAGACUUGGAUUCCAAGGCAAUUCCACUGUUUCUUGCUCAGGUCUCUGAAACCAAAGAAAAUGGAUGUGUGUCUGGGGAAUACACAAUUUCAUUAUAUGAAGUUCUUGCCCGUAAUCAUGGUGUCAACAUAGUUCCUCAGAUUGACAGCAUUAUGGCGACCAUAAUCAAGACGUUGGCUUCAAGUGCAGGUUCUUUCCCUCUUCAACAGGCAUGCUCAAGGGUGGUUCCAGCAAUUGCAAGGUAUGGAAUGGACCCAACCACCCCAGAGGACAAAAAGAGGCAUAUCAUUCAUUCUCUCUGCCAGCCUCUCUCGGAUUCUCUCUUGGGUUCACAAGAAAGCCUAACUGCAGGGUCUGCCCUUUGCUUGAAGGCUCUUGUGGACUCGGAUAAUUGGCGUUUUGCUUCAGAUGAGAUGGUGGAUAAGGUUUGCAAGAAUGUGGCUGCGGCUUUGGAGGAGAAGUCAACUCAGACCAGUUCACAUAUGGGCUUGGUUAUGGCACUGGCAAAGCAUAAUUCUCUAAUUGUUGAAGCAUAUGCAAGGUUGUUGAUACAUUCUGGCUUGGGCAUACUGAAUGCUGGUGCUGGGGAGGCCAAUUCUCAGAAACGGUUGUUGGCUAUACAAAUGGUGAACUUUUUGAUGAAGACUCUAGAUCACAGGAGCAUAUUCUCUGAACUUGAGUUGAUUAUCGAGGGAAUGGAGAAUUGCCAAUCUGAUCAGAUGGCUUAUGUUAGAGGUGCUUCUCUUGAAGCUUUGCAAACUGCAAAGAGAAUAGCUGCCGAGAAAGGGUUGAAAUCUGAGAAGAGUUCUGGUUCUGUUACGGGAUCAAAUUUUGGGAGAAGAGAACAUAACCGUAGGAGAAUUUUAUUGCGUGCGGGUGAUAGAUCUCCAGCACCCAUGUCACCUGAAUCACAAACGCUUGACUCUUUUGUGGGAUAUGAUUCUAUGGUUGAGUCACCAAUUUCUGUAACUCAGCAAUCUUGUCACUCUGAAUAUGAUCGUAGGAGUGUGAAUCGGAAGCUCUGGAGCUUUGAGAAUGGAGGAGUGGAUGUAUCUCUGAAGGAUGGUUUAUUUUCGGAGAUGGUUUCAGGAAGUCCUAUCUAUAGUAAUUCAUAUUGUGGUCAUCAUGAACUCACUGACAAUGGAGGAGAUUACAUGGAUGAAUUUGCAGGGUUCUAUGAGAGAAGCCCUCGAGACAGAGGACCAAGAAGCACUACACCCAGUCCACAGAGAUCUCGUUCUCACAUUAAUGUUGAUAACAUUAGCUUUUUUACAACUCCAAGAAAGCUCAUUCGAUCUCUUCAGGAGGCUGAUGAUAUUAACUCAGACUUCUCUGAGAGACAGUCUAGAAAGUAUAGAAGUCCUGCCUCAGUCAAAUUUGAGCAGAGCCCUACUCCAAGCAGAAAAGGCUUUUCACGUGAAGUAUUCUAUGAUGACAAAAGAAAUGGGAACUUAUGCAAUGGAGCAUGCAAUGGAGCUGAGCAAGUUCAAGGUGUCUCUGAAUCAGUGUCAUCAACAGAUGACCUUGCUGGUGCUGACAUGCAAGUGUCUCAAGAGGUGGUUCCCAAAGAUAAGACUGAAAUGCAGAAACGCUGUGUUAAGAAAACCUAUCCGAAGACUGCUUCUAGAAUAGUAUUGGGUCUCUUCUUUUUUCUCCUUGCAGUUUUUUCUAUGCUCAUGUGGAAUGAUGGUCAGAAUCAAGGCAAUCAUCUCGUACCAACUUAAUUCAGUCAGUCAUUUAGCCGUACCAAAAAUCUGUAGUUUUAGUGAAUUAGGUUUAAAUCAGUCAAACAUUUCUCAAUAGAGUUGAUCUCAAUGACAAUCUUUGGUGUUCUCUGUAACAAUGUUUAGUAUUAAAUGAUCCAACCAUGAGUCGGAUGUUUAGCUCUCAAUAGAAGUAAAGUUUCUGUUUCUGA